AACAUCGCAAACGUCGAUGUCGACAAAUGGCUAAUCAGCCUUGUACUACCGUCGGAUGCCUAUUUGGACAGAUGGAAAUCCGCUUUGAAGGACACGGAUGUUGGCGGGCUUGAAACGGCUCAGAAGUUCGUGGGCAACUGGAAAGAUGCAUACGCCGGCAUUGACAUCCACGUACAAAAGCAUAAAUUAUCAAGGGGCCAGCGCAAGAUCUUCAUGUGUAAUACCAGAGAUUCAUUACCUUUGUUGGGAGUUCGGGUUGUAGACUCUUUUGGAUACAGCAAGGCAUAUACAAAUCGAAGGCUUGCACGGAUCUCGGCGCUGUAUCGAAGCGGUGAGCUUGACACAAUUUAUCAAGGAACGAUUGCAUCGAGAAAGUUAUUGAGGGCCGCAAGAUAUGGCAUGGUUCCGAGACUCAAACUCAGCAUGUCAAAUGAUCAACCCGGCGCUCAUUAUCAAAUCACACUUGCACUACCUGAGUGGAGGGUCAAGGCUCUCUCAAGUGCCCCAACAUAUAUUGAAGCUUUGACCGCGGUCAUCGAGACCUAUGAGAAUAUGGUUAAGAAACGCGAUGUCAAAACUCGCUUCUCAUCAGAAGCGACCAAAGACAGACUGGACAUCUUAAGCUACGGCAACGCAGAACGAGCCCUCCAAUUCCUGAUCAAAAAGUUGGAAAUCAAGAAGUCUCAUUGGGUACGCAAGAAGCUUGAUACACCAGGGCCGCAAUGGCAGUACUGGUACUUAAUAAAAGUCGACAAAGACGACAAACCGAUCCUCACCUCCAAAUCUCCGACGAUACGUAAGCUGGAUGCGCAAUACAUUGGUACAAUCACAGCGGUAGCGCGGGUCCUGCAGCGAUUUGGCUUUGACGCGUUAGACGGAUUCAAAGAGCACGUCGAGGCAUCCAGGAACGGUGCCAAUGAGUCGGCGUUCUAUCGUGUUGAUGAAGCUGAAAGCGCGGAUCCAUCUCACAGGAUGGAGAGUGAACGGACGCCGCUACAGGAGACUUCAUCCGAGGGGAGCGAAGAUUAUGACGAGCCAAGGAAAUGGAGGAGCUGGUGG